AUGCAUGUGUCUGACCUUGAAGAAGUUCAACCACAAGCAGAAUCUGUUGGGUCAGGUGCUGCUACUGCUGCUUCAACCUCAUCUGCUAUAGAUAUCCCCUCCCUAAUUGAGAGGGCCAUAGCAAAACUACCUCCAGACCUUGCUGCUCAAGCUGUUGACAAAAAGAGGAAGGCAAGAAGUCAAGAUCCAGGAUGGCAGUAUGGGUGGUGGCCAGAUCCUUCCAAGAAAGAUUUUGUGCAAUGCAUUUUUUGCAAGAAGGUAGUCCCUUCUGGAAUAAGUAGGUUUAAGCAACACCAUGCUGGGGGGUUUGGAGAUGCUAUUGGUUGUCCUCAGAGUCCAGAACUAGUUAAGAGGGAGAUGGUUGCUUACAUAAAAAAAAAUUCAAGGACUGUGGUUGUGGCAGCGGCGGAUGAAGAUGGUGAAGUUGAAGAGGAAGAUGUUCCUGCUGCAGAGGAAGAUGUUGCUGCUGCAGCUGUACCAGUACCAAGUUCUGGAACAAAAGGUAAACAAGCCAAGAAGAAGAUUGCUCAAGCUCCCAUCACUACUUUCACUGUUACUGCUGCAGUAAAACCUGCAACUCAAAAACAGUCCAGGCCAGUGAGUUCCAUGCUUUGCAAGUCACCAGAGGAGGUAGUUUCAGAGAGGUACAAAUCCAAGCUAACUCAACCUACACUUGAGCACUGCACAAAGAGAAGUAAGGAGGCCAAACAAAUUGUUGAUGAUCAUGUUGCAGACUUCUUUUAUGAGAAUCGCCUUCCAUUGAAUGUGAUUAAUUCAAGAAGCUGGGAAGUCUUGCUAGAGUCAAUUGGACAAUACGGUCCAGGUUACCGCUCACCAUCAUAUCAUGAGAUUAGGAAUCCGCUCCUAGAAAAAGCUGUGAAUAGAACAUCGGAAUUGAGGAAGAAGCAUGAGCAGGCUUGGAAGGAAUAUGGCUGCAGCAUAAUGUCUGAUGGGUGGACUGACACAAGCCAUCGCCAUCUGAUAAAUUUCCUUGCUAACAGUCCAGCAGGGACUUUCUUUCUAGGGUUUGUUGAUGCUUCAAGUGAGAUAGCAAAUGCACCUAUGUUGGCUGACUUGUUAGAGAAGCAAAUAGAUAAGGUUGGGAAAGAACAUGUGGUGCAACUUGUCACUGACAAUGGAGCCAAUUUUAAGCUAGCAGGGAGGCUUUUAAUGGAGAGGAUCCCUCAUCUAUUUUGGACACCAUGUGCAGCCCAUUGCUUGGAUUUGUUGCUGGAAGAUAUUGGGAAGAUCAAGGAAUUCAGCACUUGCAUAAACAAGGCAAAGAGGGUGACCAGAUUCGUGUACAAGCAUGGGAGGGUUCUAGACCUAAUGCGAGAUAAAAUUGGAGGAGAUCUUGUGAGGCCAGGUGUAACUCGCUUUGCCACUUCAUUCCUCACAUUGGCAAGCAUGCAUAGGCAUAAGAAUGCAUUGAGGAGUUUAGUGGUUUGUGAUGAAUGGCAUAACCUCAGCUUUUCAGUUACUCAAGAAGGCCGGCGCGUUGAGAACAUUAUCCUUUCAGCGCCAUUUUGGAGCAAAGUGGAAUUAUGCCUAAAAGCUUCACAACCACUUCUUAUUGCUAUGAGGAUAGCUGAUGGAGAUGAGACACCAGCAGCUCCUGAGAUUAUGGCAGCCAUGGAAGUGGCGAAGGCCACAAUUAAGAAAUCUUUAAAAGGAAAACCAACUCUACUCAACGAAGUACUAAAAUACUAUGACAAUCGAUGGGAAAACCAAAUGGAGCAGGACCUGUAUGGAGCAGCCCUAUACUUGAAUCCAAACAAGUUUUUUGCCAUAAAAGAAAAAGAUAGGAGACAAGCCCACAGGCUGAGGAUCAUGUUUAAUAAAGUUUUGUGGAAGAUGGUGAGUGAAGAGGAGGAACAGAACAAGAUAAGCAUGCAGGCAGAUGACUAUGAGAGGGCUGAAGGUCCAUACAAAAAAAAAAGAAACAGGUUAGAGCAUCAGAGGCUAAAUAAGCUGGUUUAUGUGAGCUACAACCGAAAGAUGGAAAAUAGAUUUAGGAAAAUUAGAGAGCUAGGUUCUAAAGGAAAGAGAAGCAACCCACUUUUGCUUGAAGAAUUCCAAUGGGAAAAUGAAUGGGUCAAUGACAAUUGUGAAGUUGCUCAAGAAGGUGGUGGCAGUGGCAAUGAUAUCACUUGGGCUCAAGUGGAUGAAGCUGUUGGUGCAACUCAGAGUCUACAGGGACGUGGCCUGCCUAGGGCUGCUGCUGCUCGUGUUGUGGGUCAGACGACUCAGACUUAUGUUAGGCACAGAAAGCGUGCAAGGAAUACAGUGACCCAAGAUAUUGAAGAAGAUGACGAUGAACUCCAAGAAGAUAAUGCAGAAUUAGAUUCAGCAACAGUAGUGGAGGAGGAUGAAGGUUCUGCACCUGGAGGUGGAGGUGGAGAUGAAGAUGGACAUGGAGGCUUCGAUUUGGUUAAUGAUUUGCUUGAUUAG